AUGCGAAAAAUGCGAAAAUAUAAAGAUAGGAAAAAUGGGCAAUGGGUAAACAUGGGAAUGGGAAGGUGGAGAAUGGAGAAAUGGGGUGAAUGGGGAGAUGGGAGGAGGAGGACAGGAGGAUGGGAGAACAGGAGAACAGGAGAAUGGCAGAACAGGAGAACAGGAGAACGGGAGAUAGGAAAGCAGAAAAUAGGACAGAGACACGGAGAAUUUUUUGGGAAGGGCAAGAGUCAACAGCAAGACACAAACAGUGAGACUGAAGUUUACCUGGGACACUGGCUUGCAUCCCACUGGCCGAGGUAUGAGGCCACAGGAUUGCAAGCCAGUGUCCCAGUAUUUUGUAAAUGUAAGAUUUAA